CACCAACAUGGCGGCGGCGCAGACGCACGUCCAACGGCUCCUCUCUGCGCCUCAAGGCUCCUCGCUGCUAACGUUAGCCGCCGACUGCAAUGACACAGUGCGUGAGAGCCCCGCACCGUGCGUGAGAGCACCGCCAACAACACCACAACAAUGCCAGCGGGUAGUUAGCUCAACCCCGGCGGCCUGAGAAGGACACACUGUGACACCUCGGUGGUUUUAAGAUGGAUCCUGAACAGGAUUUACUUCUCGCUGCCCUGAGCGAGAGCGGCAUUUGCCCAAACGAUAUCGGCCUAUUUGAUGUUGAUUCUCAGGAUGUUGCACAGCCCUCUACAACCCAGCAAUCUAUCUCCAUCAGUGCCCUGGAUGUUGGCGUGGGGACAGAGUCGGUGGACGUUCGACCUGAGCCUCCAGCUCCAGUCCCUAUAGUCACUAUCAGGCACAAACCUCAGCCAUCAACCACCACGUUUGUCUUAAACCAGCUGAAUCAGUUGCCGUCACUGGGAGCUGCUGUGACCAAACAGUCGGCAACGAACAACAUCAAACACACCAUAACCGUCACCAAGGUGGUCCAUGUCGCUAAUUCAGCCCUGCGAGGUUCUUCCGCCGCGAGUACUCCUCCUUCAGCGUCCACAGUAGUGCCUUCGAACAGAGAUCAGCAGAUUCAGUUGAAAGACCUCCUCAGGAGCGGCAGUGUGAAGGGCAGCAGUCUGAUGGAGCUGAUGAAGCUGAAGCCUCCACCUGACAUUACUACACCAGUAGCAACGGCCACAGCAACAGGUGAAAUGAACAAUGGAGUCAAGAAGGAAGUGUUGGGUAAAGAUCCCGCCAGGAUCUGGAUCAAUGACACCAUUAAAAUGCAAAACUUCUCACAUUCUUUGAAACCCCCUGGGAUGAAGGAGGAAGACGAGCCCGAGGAGGAAGAGGAAGACGAGUUGGGCCACGCAGAAACUUACGCGGAGUACAUGCCGAUGAAAUUGAAGGUGGGUCUGCGGCAUCCUGAUCCCGUGGUGGAGACCAGCUCCCUGUCCAGUGUUAACCCUCCUGACGUGUGGUACAGACUGUCCAUCCCUGAAGAAACCAUCGACCGCGGCUGCCUGUCGGCUCUGCAGCUGGAAGCAAUCACAUACGCAGCUCAGCAACACGAGACGUUCCUGCCGAGCGGCGAUCGAGCUGCCUAUCUGAUCGGCGAUGGAGCCGGUGUGGGGAAAGGCCGAACCAUUGCUGGGAUCAUCUAUGAGAAUUACCUUUUAGGCAGGAAGAGAUCACUGUGGUUCAGCGUCUCAAAUGACCUAAAGUACGACGCCGAAAGGGAUUUGAGGGAUAUAGGAGCCAAAAACAUCCAGGUUCACUCGCUGAACAAGUUCAAAUAUGGCAAAAUCUCCUCAAAACACAAUGGGAGUGUGAAGAAAGGUGUGAUAUUUGCCACCUACUCGUCCUUGAUCGGGGAGAGCCAAUCGGGAGGGAAGUACAAGACCAGAUUUCAACAGCUCCUCCACUGGUGCGGCGAGGACUUCGAUGGAGUCAUUGUCUACGACGAGUGUCACAAAGCCAAAAACGUGUGUCCGAUUGGAUCGUCCAAACCUACAAAAACAGGGCUCGCCGUGUUGGAACUGCAGAACAAACUGCCCAAGGCUCGGGUCGUGUAUGCGAGUGCUACAGGUGCCUCUGAACCGCGAAAUAUGGCCUACAUGAAUCGUCUGGGCAUCUGGGGACACAAAACACCCUUCAGAGAGUUCGGCAACUUUAUCCAAGCUGUUGAGCGCAGAGGUGUUGGCGCCAUGGAGAUAGUUGCUAUGGACAUGAAGCUAAGGGGGAUGUACAUCGCGAGGCAGUUGAGUUUUACAGGUGUGACCUUCAAGAUCGAGGAGGUUCCCCUGACCCAGAAGUACAUCAACAUGUACAACAAAUCUGUGAGACUGUGGGUGAGUGCACGUGAGAAGUUCCAGCAGGCUGCGAACCUGAUGGACGCAGAGCAACGUAUGAAGAAGUCCAUGUGGGGCCAGUUCUGGUCCGCUCACCAGAGGUUCUUCAAAUACCUCUGCAUUGCCUCCAAAGUCCGCAGAGUGGUCCAGCUGGCUCGAGAGGAGGUCCAAAAUGGAAAGUGUGUGGUGAUCGGUCUUCAGUCCACUGGAGAAGCAAGAACACUCGAGGCUUUGGAGGAAGGAGGCGGAGAGCUCAAUGACUUUGUGUCCACUGCAAAAGGUGUGCUGCAGUCGCUGAUUGAGAAGCACUUCCCAGCUCCUGACAGACAGAAGCUUUACAGCCUGCUGGGUAUCGACCUCCCCGCUAAGAAGACCCCCUCUCCGAUUGAAACUGCAGCCCAACCAGAACAGAAGGGCAAGAAAAGGAAAGGUUUAGAGAUCAAAAAGCAGCAGAAAAAGAAGCCUCGCAGGCACGGUGGCCUGUCGGGAACCAGCUCGGAGGAGAGCCAGUCGGAGGAGUCGGACAAAGACAGCGACGACAGCUUCAAAUCUGUCAGCUCAGCGGACGAAGACGACGAUUUCAACCCGUUCAGAGACGAGUCCGAUGACGACGAGGAAGACGAUCCGUGGCUCAUCAGGAAGGAACCAAAGAAAGGGAAGGAGAAGAAGAAGAAGAAAAGAAGGAAGAGCAUCGAUCCAGACUCCAUUCAAAGUGCCUUGUUAGCCUCGGGGCUGGGCUCCUCCAGGCCCGCUUUCACUGCCUCUGUUAUUCCCCCCAGCGCACCUGCCACAGUCAAGCCAGAGGUUCAGGAUAGCUGCGUAACGAGUGAGGACGCAGUGGACAGCGCCCAGAAAAUGAAGAGAGAUCUGCUGGAAAAACUGGAGGAUCUGGCUGAGGACCUCCCUCCCAACACUCUGGACGAGCUGAUAGACGAACUGGGAGGUCCCGACAACGUAGCUGAGAUGACUGGUCGCAAAGGUCGUGUGGUCAGUAAUGACGAUGGCAGCAUCACUUACGAAUCUCGCUCGGAGCUGGACGUCCCGGUGGAAAUCCUCAAUCUCACAGAGAAGCAGAGGUUCAUGGAUGGAGAGAAGAACAUCGCCAUCAUCUCAGAAGCUGCCAGCUCAGGUAUUUCCCUGCAGGCCGAUCGUCGAGUGAAGAACCAGCGGCGGAGAGUCCACAUGACGCUGGAGCUGCCGUGGAGCGCAGACAGAGCGAUACAGCAGUUCGGGAGAACUCACAGGUCGAACCAGGUCACCGCUCCAGAAUACGUCUUCCUCAUAUCGGAGCUCGCAGGAGAGCAGAGAUUUGCAUCUAUCGUCGCCAAAAGACUAGAAAGCUUGGGUGCUCUCACUCACGGAGACAGAAGAGCAACAGAAACCAGAGAUCUCAGCAGGUUUAAUUUUGACAACAAAUACGGAAGAAACGCUCUGGAAAUUGUGAUGAAGUCCAUCGUAAAGCUCGAUUCUCCGUUAGUGUCUCCCCCCUCUGGCUUUAAAGGUGAUUUCUUCAAAGAAAUUCAGGGUGGAUUAAUAGGUGUGGGCCUCAUAAACGUGGAGGACAGAUCCGGCACACUUUCACUGGACAAAGACUACAACAACAUCGGCAAGUUCCUGAACCGUAUUUUGGGCAUGGAGGUCCAGCAGCAGAACGCCUUGUUCCAGUACUUCUCCGACACACUGGGAGCAGUUAUUCAGGAAGCCAAGAAGAAUGGCAGAUAUGACAUGGGCAUUCUUGAUCUGGGCUCUGGUGAUGAGAAGGUGAAGAAGGUAGACUGCAGGAAAUUCCUAACACCCGGCUACACCACAUCAGGACACGUGGAACUCUACACAGUGAGUGUGGAGAGGGGGAUGUCGUGGGAGGAAGCCACGCAUGCUUGGGCAGAUCAGAACGGACCAGAUGAUGGCUUCUAUGUACAGAUGAGGAACAACAAGAAAACAGCCAUACUGAUCAAAGAGGUCAACACCAAAAAGAGGCUCUUCCUGGUGUACAGGCCGAACACCGGCAGGCAGCUCAAACUGGAGACGUACGCAGACAUCAAGAAGAAGUUUAAAAAGGUGUUGUCAGAAGACGCCAAGCAGCACUGGAUCGACCAGUACAAGUCGUCAGCACAAAUCUGCUCUCAUGCAUAUUGGCGGGGGAACUGUAAGAAGGCGUCGGUGGGUCUGCAGUGCGAGGUCGGUCUCCGGUGUAGGACGUACUACGUUCUGUGUGGCUCGGUGCUCAGCGUGUGGAACGAGGUGGAGGUCGUUCUCACUCCGGUCAGCGGAACCAACGUGAAGGUGCAGAUUGUCCGCCUCAGAACGGAAGACGGACAGAGGAUAGUCGGACUGAUCAUUCCAGCGAACUGUGUGUCUGCUUUAAUUAACAAGCUCUCCACGUCGGACCAGUGCCAGCAGCUCGCUGUGCAGGAGCAGCAGAAGCGGCAGCAGCUCCACCCCCAAAGUUUCAGUCACGCACCCAACACAUAGUGCCGCACCCGACUCUGCUUCGUGGGCGUCGAACCCAUCUCCACCCCCUCGAGUUCGCAUCCCAGUCUGAAGGGAUUAGUCUCUAUCUCUGCACUGCAGACUCCAGGACCGCUGUCCCCCUUGUCCUCACGCCCCUCCUCCCCUAACGUCUCUGAGGGUCAGAGGUGUCACACCAAGCUGUGCUGAUUCUCAGAUGUUAAGCAGUGGUUGUACAGAGAAAAGAUUUCAGGGGUUUUCUUCUUUUUCUUGUUUUGUUAUUUUAAACUCUUCACCUAGAGAGGUUUGAUGGGUGAUGUUUUGUCCUCUGACAUUCAGAGUGAAAAGAUUUGUGAUAUAUUGAUCAGAGUGGAAACCCAGAGGGCAGGUCGGCCUGUGGCACUCCUCACCCACGCUUUAAGCUGUUCAGUCCGGACUACCUGGUAUGAAGCAAAGACUUCUGCUUUCCUGGUUCAGACUAAAGGUGGAUGAGACGAGGACCCGUGUGUCUUUGGAAGUGUGAACCUUAAGUUGUGAAAAAAGAAAAAAAGGGCAUUUAAUGCUGAACUACAAUCGGAUAUUAAUAUAUGAUAAACUGUCAGUUUGUUGCUCCUCCUCCGUUACUCGGGACCGACGUAGAGAACGAGACGGCUCUUGGAAGUAGAAUAGGCGAUGCAGAACAUUAGUCCAGUUAAAUACAGGAAACAUAAUGCUAGUGCUGAUUCUCUGGUUCAGCUGUUUAAUGUCUUUACUGUCAGAUUCCACAAAACACUUUGUUUCUCUCUCGUCUUCGUUUUGCACACGGGUGUCAAACUGAUCAAAGACCCUUUUUUUAAUUUCAGUUUUUUGUUCCUCGCCCAGAUGGAAGAGGUGGAGGAUAAAAUCCAGAGUCCACAAAGUGUAUCUGAAGCUGCUCUGAGGCUUCUGUUAGACUCGCGGAUAUCUUCCAGAGUUACAGUUUCCCUGUUCAGCUGAAGUAGAUGGACAGAAACAAAAAGAGGGUUUUUGUCCUGAAACAUUUCCGCUCAAAAAGCCUCGUUCGUUUCAGAUGAACGAAUAAGAAUUAAGGAUUUUGUCUCCCAUCACUUUAUAGAAAGCUGGUUUAAGACUGGCUGAAAAUGUGUGAACUGAACCUUUAACAGCAGGAAUUUGCCUCAAACUGCAGUCAGACACUUUUUUUACAAAAGCACUAACUGGUUUGUCAGACUGGUGAAAGAUUUGGUUUAUUUUAGCAUCAGCUGUCUGGUGGUUUCUAUUUAAAGAGUAAGAAAAUGUUUCCCAAAGAUAAAUAUUGAACCAGGAUGAAUUCUCAGCAGAACAGACUUUAAUUCUCCCUGUGUAACAUUCAUAAGCAGCAUUGUAUUUGGUUUAUAACGCACUAUAAUGUAGUUAUAAGCAGGACAUUUUCAGCAGUUAGAACUCCUCCUGUGAAGAGAUGUUUUAUAUUAUUCCAGCUGUGUUUUACUAUAUUGUCAUUAUCUGUUUAUACACCAGCUGCUUACAGCUGCUUUAUAGUGCGUUACAAAGCAUUUAGUGAAUGUUUAUAUACCGCUUACACGUGCUGGAAUAGUGUUGAAGCCAAAAACGCUCGCUUGUCGCUUCCCCCCAGCUCUACGUGAACACUUACUUUUAAACACACCUUCCGUCUUUUAACUCGACUGAGUUAAAAGCGAGACCUCUCUGGACUCGGUGCGGUUCAGAGGAAACGGGAACAUUCAGUAAAGCAGCCCGAGAGGAAAUGUGACGAGCAGUCUCCAGCGCCGUGCUUCUGAUUGCUUUUAAUUAUUAUUUUUUUUUAAUGGAAUUCUGCUCAGGGGUUAAACUCGUACAAAGACCCUCUUUGGAAAAUCUUUAGAGUUUUACAAAGUAUGUGAAGUGCAUGCCCAUAACUCAAACUGCUCUGUAACGUUUGCUCUGUUUACAGCUCCUUAUGCUCACAGUACACGAUCCCAAAACACAUCUCUCUUAAUUCCUCCGCUUCCUUUUGAGCCGAGUUGUAAUUUAAAAAAUGGGUGAUUAUUUUUUUUUUUGCUUCUGUUGAAUAGUGUCCUCAGUCCUUCACUGCUUUCCACUAGAUCUGCACUGGAAGGGACAGACCAAAGUCCGGAUACACGAGCUGUCCUCUUAUUGCUGAUGAUUGAAUACGGGAUGUGUCGCUCAGGCGCGUCUUUAACCUGUGGAUUACUUUGUGUUUAUGUAAUCUCUUCUGUUCUUGACUGACACAUUUACAAAAAAGCGAAAAUAGGAGGAAGUCUUUGUAUCAUACCAAUGUGCGUUUUGUAUACUUUGUAAAAGGAUUCUUCUUACAUCGACUUCUGCCGUUGGACCGAACUGGGAGAGGCUUCGCUGGGAGGCUCUCUUAAUUGAAAGUCACAUCUUUUAACUUGAAUGUCCACCAUUAUAUACGCCAACAACUCAUCUUUUUUUUUAUUAUUUUGGUCUUUUGAGAUGUCGUGUACGCGGGCUGCCGACUUGGUGACGUUUUUUUUUUUUUUUUUGAAUGCCGUAAAAGUGUGGCAGCAGAUCGGCUCCUCCGAAGUCGAAAACACUUGAAGGACUGUUUUGUUUUUGUUUUUUCCUCUCUUCCUUUUAUCGUUGCACGAGUUGCACUACUGACAGAGUUGUACAAAUAUUCAACAUGACCUGUACAUGAAUGAGUGCAAUGCUCAAUAAAGCUUGGUAUACUUCUA